GAUCUGUUUUUAUUGUUCACAAAAGUUCAAUCAAGUAGGAAAUGUUUCUUCAAAGCUGCAGAUUACUAACGUCUUUAAGACCACCUUUAGUCAGAAAUAUAACUAAUCGUUGUUCCCAUAUGGAACGAAAGUUGAAAGUAAAUGAUAUUGAAAUUAACAUUGUCGAAAGCGGCGUAGGAGAAAAAAGUGUUUUACUUCUACCGGGUGCUCUGGGAUCUAGUUGGACUGAUUUUAGGCCUCAAAUAGAACAGCUUCCUAAACUAUUGCCGAACCAUACUAUAAUCGCAUGGGACCCUCCUGGUUAUGGCAAAUCUAUUCCCCCAAAAAGACAAUGGGGGUUGGACUUUUUUCAUAACGAUGCACUAUACGCAGUUAAUCUAAUGAAAGCACUGAAUAGACCUAAAUUUUCAAUUGUCGGAUGGAGUGAUGGCGGAAUAACUGGCUUAAUUGCUGCUGGCCGCUAUAGAGAUAAUGUAGAGAAAUUAAUAAUUUGGGGUGCAGGAGCUUAUUUGAAUGCUGACGAAGUUAAAGCUUUAGAAAACAUUCGAGACGUUAAAAAAUGGUCAGCACGAAUGCGCGAGCCAAUGGAAGAAGUUUACGGUCCUGAACGUUUUGCUAAACUUUGGUCCGAAUGGGUAGAUGCAGUCGUACAGUUUUAUACAAAACGUGACGGAGAUUUUUGCAAACAAGAAGUUGCAUUAUUAAAAGCACCCACCUUCAUUUUGCAUGGUAAAAAAGAUCCAAUGAUUGCUGCUGAACACAUUCCUUAUUUAAAGGAGCAUAUACAAGGAGUCAAAUACUUUGAAUUUCCAGAUGGCAAACAUAAUAUACAUUUGAAAUACGCUGACGAAUUUAACAAAAUGGUGGCUGAUUUCAUAUUAGGAAAUUAAUGUUACAUAUUUGAAAUGGAUAAUCGUACUAUAUAGAACAAAAUGCAUGAUCAUUGUAAAACUUAAUAUUCUUAAAAAUAAAUUUGGUUUGGAUACA